AUGAAGGUUCAUGAAGUCAACUCCACCACGGUCACUGAGUUUCUUAUACUGGGAUUCCCGGCUCUGAAUGAUUACAAGUUUUCUUUCUUCUCCAUUGUUCUUCUCAUGUAUUUCAUGACUAUAUGUGAAAACCUCUUGAUCAUUUUACUGGUGUCCACAAGCCAACGUCUCCGUUCUCCAAUGUAUUUCUUCCUUGGACAUUUGGCACUGUCAGACAUCAUCCUUGUGACAAGUAUUGUUCCGAAGAUGCUGGAAGUUAUCAUAAGAGGAGGGAGCACAAUUCCUUAUGUUGGGUGUUUAGCCCAGUUUUACUUAUAUGGGGGAACAGUGAGUGCAGAGUGUUUUUUGCUCACGGCCAUGUCCUAUGACCGGUACUUGGCCAUCUGUAGACCACUACAUUAUAUCUCAGUGAUGAGUGUCAAGCUUAGAUACAGCCUGAUCAUCUCAUCCUGGCUGCUUGGCUUUAUGUUAGUGCUUAUCUCAUUUUUACUGGUAUGUGGCUUACAAUUCUGUGGAUCAAAUGUUAUUAACUAUUUCUUUUGUGACUAUGCCCCUCUUUUAGACCUUUCAUGCUCAGAUACAACAGUUCUUGACAUUGAAAUGAUUCUCCUUUGUUUUCCAAUAAUUCUGUUACCAUUUUCAUUCAUUACUGUAUCGUAUGUUUAUAUUUUUAUUGCCAUUUUUGAAAUUUCCUCCAUUUCAGGCUGUCAAAAAACCUUCUCCACUUGUAGCUCUCACUUGGUGGUUGUUUCUAUCUAUUAUGGUUCUAUGUUUGUAAUUUAUAUGGUCCCUUAUAGAGGACAUUCAAUGACUGUUAACAAGUUUAUUUCCCUUGUCUACAUUGUACUGACUCCCCUUCUAAAUCCUAUUAUAUACAGUCUAAGGAACAAAGAGAUUCAGUCUUCUGUGAUUAUAUAUCUGAUGGUCUGUCAUAAAAAAAUACUUUCGUAG